AUGAGUGAUCCAGACGAAAACUACAGCGACGUCAGUUUGGACGAAGAAGACGAAGAGUUGAUCUGGCGGGUUUUCUACAGCCCGCUCGAAGAGAAGAAAACCGCAGAGCACCCAGAACGGCCCGACGAUGAAGAUGUGUCGGACCUUUCAGAUAUCGAUGAUGCAGAGCUUGUGGCCAAGUACCAGGCGCUCAAGAGCCAGGAAAACCGGCCGUUGACGGAGGAUGAAAAGCGCCGCUUGCUCAUCACGUCGUUCACCGAAGACCAGAUGGAACGGUUCGAGGCGUACCGGCGAAUGACCGUCAACAAACCAGGCGUCAAGAAAGUGUGCAACAGUGUGUUGGGCCACUCGAUUCCGCAGAACAUAGCGGUGGUGAUGGCUGGUCUCUCGAAGCUGCUUCUUGGCGACAUCAUCACGCGGGCGUUUGAGGUGCAAGAACGAGAAAACAAGGCCCAGCUCAUCUUGGACAUCGAGGCCAAGAAGAGAAACAAAAGAGAGGUGAUCCGCAAGUUGGCGGCGGGCGAGGACAUCACAGAGGUGCCGGAGAAAAAAUUGGAGUACUCUGGCGACGUGCGGAUGCCGCUCCAGCCCGACCACAUUCGGGAGGCCUGGAGGUUGUACCGGCUCGAAAACAGCGGGACGUUUCUGUCCCAGUGGCGUACGCUGGGCGAGGGAGACGGAAAGAUGUUCCGCUGA